CCAGCCUUGGGCCUGAUGAGAGCUUGGCCCAGAGCCCCCACGUUCAUCAUUCACAAUGAUGCCUCAGAAACUCUCCCAGAGCCCCUUCACCCUCCAACAGAUGUCACCCCGGAGCCAGCCGUGGAAGAUGUGCAGGAUGAACACAGCAACACCGGCCCCAGGUCCCUCAGCGGGGUCAUCCUGUCAGCGCUGGGGCCUAAGAACUCCUGGACUCGCUGCACUCCUACUGCUUCUGGUCCCGGGGGAACAGGAGCACGGGUGCCGCCUGCAGGAGCAGGUGGAGAAGGACAGCGAGCUGAAGAGGGGCAGCUGCCGACAGCCAGGUGCACACGCUGCAGGAGGAGCUGGACGAGCUGAAGGGAGGGGCUCCCUAACUGAGCAGCCUGCUGCCCCCAGCCGAGCGUCAGCUGCAGAGCUCCAGCCAGCGGCAGAAGCAGAGCAGUGGGCAGUGGUGGAGGUAGAGCUGGCUCCAGCUCCGUUGACACCUCCUCCUCUAGCGCUGGAGUCAGCGUCCCCUCCAUCAGCAGUGGUGGAGCUGGAGCAAGGGCCAACAUGGGCUCCAGCAGGAGUGGGAGCUGCUGAGCUGGAGUCACCUGGACCAUCAUUUCUAGUGAGAAGUCCAUCUCCACCUGUGGCUCUUAAGGAGGGUGAGAAGCUUAAUCUCACGGCCUUCCCUCUUAAGCUGGUGAUGGAGCUGUUGACCGUGAUGGAUCCGUGUCAGGUACUAAGUUGA